AUGGACACAUACAAAAACCAGAGCAUGGUCAAGACCAUUCGCCAGUCCCCGCCGAUCGACAUCCGCAAACCCUACGAUGCGAACUGGGUCAACGGCAAGGUGAUUCUCAUCACAGGUGGAGCGAGUGGCUUCGGCGCAGCUUUUGUGCGACACUGGGCAAAACACGGCGCAACCGUCAUCGUCGGAGACAUCAACGUACAGAAGGGCGAUGCACUGUGCCGUGAUAUCAACAAGGAGCUGACGGGCAAGAACAAAGUCCACUUCGUCCAGUGCAACGUGACAGACUGGCAGUCACAGGUCAACCUAUUCAAGGAGGCCGUCAAGCUGAGCCCUCAUGGCGGGCUGGACACUGUUGUUGCCAAUGCUGGAAUUGCGGGCGACGACUCCAUGCAAUGGGGAAAGAACCUGGACGGUGCCAAUCCCCCGCCGCCAGACUUCAAGAUCAUGGACGUCAACGGCACUGGCGUCAUGUAUACGACGCAUCUCGCCUACUUCUGGCUGCCGAAGAACCCUGGAUCGAAGGACUGCAGCAUAGACAGCGACCCUGCAACCCGAACACGUGACCGUCAUCUCCUGUUCAUUGGCUCUAUUGCAUCUCUUGCACCCAUCGCUAUUCAACCACAGUAUGCCGCAUCGAAGCAUGCUGUCUUGGGACUUUUCAGAAGCCUGCGCUGCUCGAGCGGUCUGCAAGGCGUGCGCGUCAACUUGCUCUGUCCAUACUUCAUUGACACACCAAUCGUUCCAAUGCCCGCACGACUGGUCCUAGCAGGCGGAGCCAUGGGCAAGGUCGAGGACGUUGUCGAUGCUGGAACACGUAUGCUGGCAGACUCGCGAAUACUGGGUCGAUCACUCGUCAUUGGCCCCAAGAUGCAUGUUCGCCAAAAGGACACCGGCGAAUGGGAUCUCGUGACGCCUGGCACGCCCGACAGCAUUGAAGCAGCUUGUUUCGAGCCCUACGCGGACGACUGGGAGGAUGUUGACGCCUUUGACCGUAAUUUGGUCAAGUUGCUGAACCUCGUCCAAAUCGGCCGAGGUUGGACGGGCUGGGCGACAGACGUUGUGAAGGCGGUGUUUUACGGCCUCGGCUUUGGACGGUGAAGGAAUUUUCGGUGAAUAAACUGUCCUCGGAUCGCUCGGACAGUGAUGAGGUCAGAGUGCAGCUUAUUUAGUUAUUCACACCAUCUUGCGGGCGUGAUCACAUGUUUUGUAUGUCACUAGAUAUCAUUCAGGGUCCUCUAGAAUACACGAAGAAUUCCUGGCUA